GCAAACUUUUAACUUCGAAGAUGCGCUCUUUACUUUUUCGCAUUCAUGGCUUUUUUUUAAUAUGCACUUAGACAAACGAUGGAUCAAUUCUGAACGAGGGAUUUUGUAACCCAUAGCCAUCAUCGGCGAGGCUAGCAUUAUACUGAGCCGGAACACGUACUACUAUCCACUGCAAUCAAGGCCAAUGAUGGAAUCGCAGCAAGAUAUGAAUAGUCAUCAGGAAGACUUCCUGGAAGCACCUGAACCUCUUCUAGAAAGAGAAGCUCGCCCUAACGUACGGAGAACUCGGACGGCGAGCUCUCAAAGUGUGUUGAGGAGACUUUAUGUCUCUCACUUCUUGUCGACAUGGAACUCACGCAUGUUUGAAUUCGGCGCUGUCUUGUUCCUUGCUUCUAUCUUCCAGGGGACUCUGUUGUACGCCUCGAUCUACGCGUUGGUGCGUUCUGCGUCGGCGGUGGUUCUGUCUUCCUGGUUAGGAUCGAAGAUGGAUCGGUCGAACCGCCUGGUAGCGAUUCGUCACUCCAUCGUCUGGCAGAGAGUACCUGUUGCAGUGUCCUGCGCAUGCUUUGUAGCCCUUCUCAUUCCUUCAUUUCGAGAACCUGAGCCUAUCGUCUCGGGUUUAUUUCUUGCAGUUGUUCUGCUCGCUUGCGUGGAGAAACUGGCAGCAACAGCAAACACAGUGGCUGUCGAGAGAGAUUGGGUCAUCAUUGUUUCAGACACUCUAGCAAUCGAGAGGCAAGAUCUGAAUGCAUCGAUGAGACGGAUAGAUCUAUUCUGCAAGCUUGUGGCCCCUGUGGUGAUAUCGCUCGUCGACGGCUUGUCUACAAAGGUCGCGGUCUGGACGGUCUUGGGAGUGAAUGUUCUUUGUGUCUUUAUUGAAUACAUUGCCAUUGCUCAGGUGUACAAGGCGAUACCAGAACUCGUGCGGACCUCUUCAGUCGCGGCAGAUGAUGGAAGUGAAGCUGUCGAGGAUGCACCCGAACAUCUUCCCACAGCGAGCCAACAGAGUAUGACUGGGCGUGCAAUGCACUUGAUCAAACAGGCUGCUUCGCCCUGGCGAGAGUACAUGGCUAGUCCAGUCUUCCUGGCGUCCUUUGCCUUGAGCCUGCUCUAUCUUACUGUUCUCUCCUUUGGCACCACGAUGGUCACAUAUCUCUUGCAUACGGGAUUCGAUCCUCUGCAGGUCAGCUGUAUGCGAAUCGGCGCCGUGCUCGCGGAAUUGUCUGGCACAUGGGCAGCACCAUUCAUCAUGGGCAGGAUCGGGCCCAUUAGGUCUGGACUGUGGUUCCUCAAUUGGCAGCUUGGCUGUUUGGUCACUGCAGCAGUGGCUUUUGCCUUGUACGACUCGAACUCUCGGCUGGUAGCAGUGAGUCUCAUCCUGGGAGUUGCUUUGAGUCGGAUUGGUCUUUGGGAGGGUGUUGAAGAAGAUGCCCGAGGCCGGUUCUCCUCAACCGAAAUGGGCGUGCAGAACGUCUUUGAGACGCUCUCAUUCGCAGCCACCAUAGUCUUCCCUCUCCCUGAACAAUUCAAGUAUCCCGUCUUUAUCAGCUACGGGGCGAUUGCGCUGGCCGCCAUAUGCUUUGCAGCAUACGUGAGAAAAGAGCGGGGACAUUUGCUGCACUUAUCCAAGUGUUGGGGUGGUGAUAAAAUGCGAGGGCCGUAUCAGGAACUUCCUGGAGGCUUAUGACACGGUCCAUCCAAUUUUUUUGUAUAGAGAUAUGACCAACGCUGAACAUUCUGAGCUUGACUGUACUACAGGGUUGAAAGAUGUAUAUAUGUGCAUGUUGUGACGCCU